CAUCGAUUGAAAUGAUGUCUGCAUCAUCUCAGAUAGGCAUGCGGGACUCUAAGCCAUGAAUGGCAUUGGAAGAGGUUGCGAGUGGAGGUGGUGCAUUUGACACUAUGCAAGCAACUUGCAAAGGAAGACUAAAAUAAGAUUAUGUAUAAUCAAUUGUUUCGAGCCGGUGGACCAAAAUCAACUCCGUUGGAGUUUAGCAUAUGAUAACCAUAAUGUUGGACAUCGAUGGUCUAUCUUGACAUUCAACAUGUCAGAGAGCAUCAAUGGUGUUUUCAAAGUACACUUCCGGUUGCCGCUGCCGCGAGCUCGCCGUCCUCUCCCACGGCCCCAUCCUCCUUCGACGAUGACUUCCUCUUCGCCGGAAUUGUGGCUGGAGUUCGUCAUCCUUGCUCUCAGCUGUUACCGCUCGACAAGAAGAAGAUGAAAACCAUAUCUGAUUUGGUGGGCGGAAGGGACAAAGCUGCUAUUUGUGGAUCCGCGUGAGCAAGAUGAGGG